GGAGGCAGGGGCGUCCCGCUCGCGCUUAGGCUUGCGUCUCGUACUUCGGUGCUGCGCGAAGUGACCGAGGAUGUGACUUCUUUGGCCGGCGGUGGCCCGCGGACGAUGCUCGCCCUCCUGAGCGCGACGACCCUGGUGUUGGUCGCCGGGGUGCCGUGGAUGCUGCCGGCAGCCGCAGGAGGAACAAAUCUAAAAUCUCCUCAAAAUGUUGAAGUCUACAUCGUUGAUGAUACCUUUAUCCUGAGGUGGAACAGGAGCAGUCCAUCUGUCAGGAAUGUGACUUUUUCAGCAGACUAUCAAAUACAUGAAAAUGGCGCUUGGCUCCAAUUGCCUGGCUGUCAGUCUGUGGCCAGUACCGAAUGCAACUUUUCUUCAGUCAAGCUCAAUGUUUAUGAAGAAAUUAAACUGCGAAUAAGAGCAAAGGAGGGCAACAACACUUCUCCGUGGCGUUAUGUUGACUCAUUCACACUGUUUGAAAAAGCUCAAAUCGGUCCCCCAAAAGUACACUUAGAAGCCGAAGAUAAGGCAAUAAUCGUCAACAUCUCCCCGCCUGGAACAAAAGGUAGUGGCAUGUGGGCUUCCGAUAGCUCAGGCUUCAUCUACAGCUUAGACAUCUGGAAGAACUCUUCAAGUGGAGAAAGAAAGACUAAAACUGUUUACUCCAGAGAUAAAAUUUAUGAACUCUCACCAGAGACCACCUACUGUUUAAAAGUUAGAGCAAGACUUUUGCCAAGAAAAACUGGUGCCUAUAGUCCCGUGUAUUGUAUAAAGACCGCAGUUGAAAAUAAACUGCCUCCACCAGAAAAUAUUCAAGUUGAAGCUAAAAAUCAAACCUAUAUUCUUAAAUGGGAUUACGCGCAGGAAAAUGUGACUUUUCACGCUCAGUGGCUCCACGCCUAUUUAAAAAAGAUUCCUGGGGACAAUUCAGGUAAAUGGAAACAAAUACCAAACUGCAAAAAUGUCCGAACUACGCAGUGUGUCUUUCCCAAAAAUACUUUCCAUAAAGGAAUUUACCUUAUCCGUGUUCGAGCAUCGGAUGGAAAUACCACAUCGGUUUGGUCUCACGAAGAAAAAUUUGAUACUCAAUUACAAAUUACCCUGUUUCCUCCGGUCAUUACUAUGAAACCCACUAACAAUGCUUCCCUGCGGGUCUAUAUCAGCGCUCCGGGAGAGUCGGAAAAUAAGCCUGUGAACCAUCUUUACCCGCUAAUUUAUGAAAUUGUAUUUUGGGAAAACACUUCAAAUGCUGAGAGAAAAAUUUUAGAGAAAAGAACUGAUUUUACUUUUCCUCAACUGAAACCGCUGACUGUAUAUUGUGUCAAAGCCCGAGCACUCCUUCAGGAUGAAAGGUGGAAUAAAAGCAGUGUUUUUAGUGAUAUUGUGUGCGAGAAAACAAAACCAGGAAAUACUUCCAAAACCUGGCUCAUAGCUGGAGUUUGUGCUGCGCUAUUUUCCAUCCCAGUUGUCAUCUAUGUCAUGAAACUUCUCUUUCGAUGUAUCAGUUAUGUGUUCUUUCCAUCAAGUAAACCUCCUUCCACUAUAGAUGAGUAUUUCUCUGAGCAACCGCUCCGGAAUCUCCUCCUUUUCACUUCUGAAGAACUGACGGAAAGAUGUUUUAUAAUUGAAAACACAAACACUAUCACGGCAGUAGAAGAGACUAACCAAACAGAUGGAGAGCACAAAAAAUACAGUUCCCAAACCAGUCAGGAUUCGGGGAACUAUUCUAAUGAAGAUGAAAGCACUGGAAGCAAAUUCAGUGAAGAGUUCCUGCAUCAGGAAACCGAGUGACCAGAAAGAAGUUCUAGAAUGCUUGGGAGUUCUGGGGGAGCCGUGCGCAAAGCCUGGGCUCCUGCUCCCCUCAGUAACUGUGCAGUGGGUACCUGCUCGUUCGAGAAGGAGGACGUCUUUGGGUCACCGGUCAAAAACUACAGGCAAGCACUUACCUCUUGGACAGAAGUUUUCUCUAUUCCUUCCCAUGGGUAGAGCCUUGAAAGACCUGUCGCUGGGUGUAUCCGAGGCAAUUAGUGAAAUCCAGAAAACCUUCCCGAAUGACAUCUCAAGUUCAUUGCGCCAACGGCUUGUGGCAAAGCACACACGGUCACUGUGUCCCUGUCGGUGACACUGUCACCAUGUGACUGUGGCUGCCCGUGUCACCCACUCAUCCUCUGUUCUGUGUUACACACCGUUCAGGAUUUUUCCGGAAGUAUGUUAGAUACUUUUGACACUAAAGCCUAGGCCCUCGGGAAAUUUCUUUCGCAAAGCUGGAUCUCAUAACCACUGGCAUUCUGUAAAAUAGCUUCCUCUGGAAAAUAGCUGCAGGUGUCAGAAAUGUGACCCGUACAGUUUUCAGGGGAACCCUGUCCACGUGUCCCCAAAACCUUGGCUCCUACAUCACAGUCACCUCUCCCUUCUGUGGUUUAGGAUUCACACCAGGUCAUCCUUUCCUGAACACUAAUACUUCCCGGCUCACAACCUAAUUCCCAACCUAGUGGAACAGUAGCAGCUUCUGAUGCGAAUCUGCAGUCAAUGAAGUGACAGAGAAAGGGACAACUGUCUAAUUAGAGAAGCUGUUCGGAUAUUUUAAGAUAAGGGAGUAUGUAGAAGUUGGUCACAGUGUCUGCAGGAAGCCUUGAGACCAGAAAACUGGUCCUGACAGAACAGAGUAAGAAGCAGAAUCAUUCAGUAGGAGGAAAGCAGGUGACAUUCGUGAAAAAUAAGAGAAAUGGGUCUAAUCAGCCUUUAAUUAUUAACAUGCUAUGGGGUCGCUCAUGGUUGUUUUGGGGUCUCUUUCCUUUCUCAGUUUUAUUGAGAUGUAAUUGACGUGUAACUUCUCUGUGUCCUGUUUUGAACCCGGCCCUUCUCUGUGGGUGUCCCUUCUCCUUUGCUUACAUGCACUAAGGAAAGGGAAGGUUCACUAUCACAGUAAGGAAGAAAAUGUAACUGGAAGGAAAACCUAAGUUUAAGAAUGACAUGAUGUUUUUCCAAGGCCACCUGGGGUGGAUUCUUAAAUUAUUCAUGGAGAUCCUUUGUAGAAAUCAGUCUAGGGAUUUGGGCAGCUUCCCAAGGGAAGGGAGAUGGAGCCACACAGCACGCGGGGACGUAUGCAACCAAAGGCCAGUAUUAUCUCUGUCGUCGUCCUUGCUGAUGUCCCACAGCAGCACAUCAGCUGUGGGGGAGAAGAGAUGGAAGGCGCUGCUCUGGGACAGCUCCCCCUCGGCAUCGCCACAGCUCCACGGAGCACACCGCGUGCUUUGCUGGACCCGCAGCCCCGGCUUCUGGCAGAGCGUAGCGGGGAUCUGGGAGUGGACCCGGAUGUGGGUCACAUCCCAUUAGGAUAGCCAUAAAGUACUUGCUAGUAGAGAUUCUAAUUUGAAAAUUAGAAACGCUGCUCAGAGCUAUCAACUUUGGAAUCUGACCAGAAAUUUACAACCUAUAAAGUUAUUUUUUAAAUAAAGAGUUUGUAGGGCGCCUGGGUGGCUCAGUGGGUUAAAGCCUCUGCCUUCGGCU